CACACAAAAGAGAUCACUUAAGUCACAUGCAUCUCACAAAGCAAGUCAUCGGAGGAAGACGUAGCCUAACUCUGGCUAAAAACUUGUUGGAUUGUACCUUGAUAAGAAAACCGUGAAGGCACUACAAAGGCACGCAGACAGCAUGAAAUUCUGAGCUACUAUGACUGGAGCUGCCUGUGCUUCUGUAAAUGUUAUCAGACCCAAACAUUCACUUGAAAAGAUGAGAAGUUCAACAGAACAGGAUGUCCUCCUUAUGUUAGCCAGAGCAUCUCCUGUACACAGAUGGCUGAGGGCUAAGCCAACAUUGUUCAACUAGAACAGGACGUUUUGACUAUGGCAACGGCUGCACAUGGAGAUGCUGCGGCCUGUAGCUCCUUCAAACUCAUUCUUGUUUUUCAUGUUUUUUUUUUUGUUCCUCAUAUUUUUGCUUUAUUGCUGAAACAUGUAUUACCUAUGACAGUAGUACAUCAUCAUCGUCGUCAUCAGAAAAGGAAGCCGGGGUUUGGAUUAAAAAGCAGCAGACCUUGAGCCAGAUCAACAGGACCAGGCACCACUGCGGCUGCUGUGAUCGCCCCAGGAGGAGAGGAAAGAGACCCGGAAUAGGGGCUAUGCUGGCCCAGCUUGGACUAAGGCUGCUCCUGGCUAAUGUCUGGUCUGGACGAAAUGGGACUCAGUCUGACCAAACAACGGGAAUCAGAGACUGUCGCGCCCCUGGUCAUUGUACUGACAACAUGGUACCCUUUAGCGCCUUUUAGCGUCUGUGGGAGAGCCUUCAGAAACUUCUUGGUUAGGUAUUAGGAAGUCACGUGACGACUUGUAAGCUGCUGAGUCAUGCUGAGUGGGUUCUAAGAGAUUAAGAAAGAUGAGCUGAGAUGAAUCUCUACUCAACCAUCUGGAGACUCAUUAUUAUACUUCUCAGUUUUUCCAUCAAGCGCUGCCCUCUGCUCCCUGCUGGCUCCCAGCGCUUCAAUGGCCUUGGCUACCUGACAGUAGAACCAGCUCCACUCUUCCUCAUAGGCGCAAACCUGACAGUGUACUGCCACGUCAGAGAAUGUAAACAGGGGUUCAAAAUAUCCCUGGAGCUGAAUGGUAAGAUCGUGGCUCCUUGGAAGAAAGUCAACUGCACCACGAUGAUAUUCAAUCUGUUCAAUGUCAAGAUGCCACAAUCUAUGGUACUCUGCAAGCGGACGAAAGAUCAGCUGACUGAGAUUGUCAAUGGACAGGACUUAUAUGGCGGGCUCCCUCCAGAUAAACCUGAAAAUAUUAUCUGUGAAAUGACAAGGAGCUCAGAUUUUACACACUGCACAUGGGAGAGAGGACAGGAAACAUACCUCCCUACUACCUACAACGUUUCAGUCAACAGAGAAAAUGAGACCCAGAUACUGUUACAUCAGAUCCAGGAUGCUGAAGAAAUCAGCAUACCACGAUCAAUGAUAGAUGAAAACACGCAAUACCAGUUGAUUAUCACUGCUUACAACCACUUUGGAGCAUCGCAGUCGGAUCUAUUCAUCCUCUGUGUAAAGGAUAUAGUGAUACCAGAGACCCCUCGUAUUAUGCAGAUAGAGUUUGGGAAUAACUCCGCAGCAGCCAUGUUGCAUUGGAAAACCUCUGAAUCUUCAGAUCAUCUCAGAUCUGAUGUCAGGCUCCGCGCAGAUAAUGGCUCUUGGGAAGUGGGAGAGGGAACGGAGCUCAGUGAGGGUCUGAUACAAGUGGCCGGCCUGAAGCCUCUGACUGAAUAUGAGUUCCAGAUGAGAACAUGUAACUCAACAUCAGGACUGACACAUAUCAACACGCCCAGCUUCAUGUGCAGGUCGACCUCCAGCAGAAGAUCGUUCUGCAGCAUAUGGAGCCUAUCUGUGAGGGGGAAAAGCCCUGGAAAAGGUCCAUCUCAGCAGUUGCAUGUGUGGAGCAUGUUAGGCAGUCAGGGGGCGAAUGGGUUGCCGAUGGUGACAGUUUUGUGGAAGCCUCCAUCUCCAGAAGAUUACAGUCGUGAGGUGCAACAGUACAAGAUCUUUCUUGGUAAUGGCCAGAAACAGGAAGUGACCUGUCAUGCUGCUUUGAGCCAGUGUUCAGUUCAGGUACCAGCAGAUGUCCAGGCACUGAGCAUCAGUGCUGUCACCUUGUAUGGGACAUCUCCACCAGCGGAUGUGCCACUCAGACACUCAGGUGAUUUUGGACCUGUUUUGAGGAAGUUGGCUCCUGCAGCUAAUGGCAGUGCUGUGUCCGUCUCCUGGUUGUCACCAGGGGACAAAUACUGGUUAACAUCUGGAGGAAAACUGCUGCAUUAUGUGUUAGAAUGGACAAGUGUACCUGUGGCACAGCUGCAGUGGCAAAAACUGGCUAAAGAUCAAAACAACACAUCUGUCACAGGUCUGACUGCAGGUGUGAGGUACAAUAUCUCUCUGUAUGCUGUGACCACCAGAGGUGUUAGUGCUCCAUCAUCCGGUCUGGUCUACUCCAAAGAACAGAAGCCAGUGUCUGGUCCCAAAAUGUCCGCACUGGUCCACAAGGCCAGAUGGAUCUGGAUCCAGUGGGACGAGCUGCCUGUAGACCAGCGGAGAGGCUUCAUCACACACUACACCAUCUAUAUCCAGACACUGGACUCCAGCAACCCAGAACUCAGCGUGACGCUGUCUGGCUCCGGUCCCAGACAGAAGUGGCUGGACUGUCCUGAUGGAGCUCUGGCUCUGCAGCUGACCGCGUCCACCUCAGCAGGAGAAGGGCCGCGGGGGAGCCGGAUAUCCUCUCAGCCUGCAACCCCUGCAGUUGGCCUGGUGAUUGUGCUUGUUUUCAUCAUCACACUCUUUGUAGCGAUCAUAUCCAACCUGAUGUGCUGGAGUUGUGUGAGGGAAAGGAUCAAACUGAAAUGUAUAUCCUGGGGACCUGCCUGGUUUGAUGAAAACUUACCAAAACCAGGAAACAGUCUUGCCAUCAGACUACUCGAGCAGUACGGAAGUGAACCGUCGUUCCCGUCCACCUACAGUGACCCUCCGCUGUCCCCCAUCAGUUUUAUCUCCCAGGACAAGAGGGAAGACGUGUACCCCAACAUCCACAUCGAAAUAUCCCAAGUUGGAUCAGAACGACCCACAGGGGAGACACCUUUGCUAAUGUCAGAUGCUGGGACCAUACUUGUUGACAGCCGGCUGGAAAAUGUCAGCUACAAACCCCAGAUUGCUACGGUGGCUCCAGAAGGAGAUGAGGUGAAGUGGACAGAAGAAGAGCAGAGGGAUGUACCAACAAGUGGAGAGGAAGACAGAUGUUCAAGUGCAUUUGGAGGAUUACUAGGAGGCUUGCUGUCCAGUGUGGAGUUGGAUUUCUCUGAUUCACCUCUGGGGCUGACUCUCAGCUCUGUUAGUGGUGUUUUGUGGCCUAAAACUCCUGAAACAACGAGUGUCUUGGAUGGUGGCCUCUUACUGAGGAGGAGAGGGACUGAGAACAAUGUGGAAGCGGACUCUCCCUCUCUGGAUUUACAACAGGGUGAAACAAUGACUCCUGACACAGCGGACACUUGUUUAUGUCAGUAUACACUUGAGACAACACUGACUGGUGGUUAUUUCCCUCAGGCAGCUACUCUGUGACGCACAGGUGUAGCAGGGACGAACGGAAUGACACAAACAGGACAAUCUGCACUACUAAACUGAUUUUCAAGAAAGCAUUAUUCAAGCACCAUUUCCCUUCUAGCGAUGACCUCAGUGACUUUGUAUAAUCAGAGAAAAUAAUGCUUCAGAUGAUGAAAAACCAAGUAAUAAAUGAAUAUGAAAUGUU